UUAAACUUGUUGUUGAAAAUAAGGGUUCAGAUAACACCAAUCCAUGGGGCAACAACAAUGGAGAGAGUGAACAACUAGGUGAUCUUUUACAAGGGGAAAACUAUUUUGGUGGGAGACGACACAAUAAGGUGGAUAAGUCAAGACUCGACAGAAAUAUGGGGGUGGUUCGACACAGAAUUGAUGCUAGCUUGGAAAAAUCUAUUCCCUUUGAUGGAGAUAAGCAAGUAGGUGGGAUUCCUAUCAAUGUAGGACAAAGCUUGGAGGUUGACCCCGAACCCAUGGUGGAGAUUCCUAAUGGACAGACCUGCGGUGCUAGCCCCCCUAAUGAUCAACUCUGAAUUUUUAGCACCAGAAUCAAAGGUGCAACCUUUGGAAAACUACCUAACAGGGGCAAAGCAAGAAUGGAUACAACCAGUGAUCACGGGGAGGAAGAAACUCCAAGAUGCACCGGUGGAGUGUGUGAUGAUGGGAAACCUUUAUCGGGUGAAGCUCCUUCAUUUUGCAGAACCGCAGAUCUACGGGACUAUUCUCAUCAAAGAAUCCCAGGAGUUGAUGGGGAUAAUCAAACACUUGACAACUCUAUUUCGAGGGAGGAUGGAGUGGAAGAUAGAGUUGAUGGAAGCAUGGAAGUGGAGGGAAACUGAGGAUUGCUAUUCCCUGAACCACUUCGAUUCCUCAACCACCCCUUUUAGGAUCAUGCAUAUUCUGGUUUGGAACUGUAGGGGAGUCAUGAAACCCCUCUUUAGUAAAAUAGUCAUGGACUUGGUAGAGUGGCAUUCUCCACUCUUGAUGGUAAUCACUGAAACGAGACUAAGUGGGGCUAGAGCAGAGGUGAUCAUAGAACGUCUUCCUUUUGAUGGUGUAGUAGUGGCGGACAUGAUUGGGUUCGCUAGAGGCAUUUGGUUGCUAUGGCGAUCAGACUUGGUGCAGGUGGAUGUCCUAGCAUCAACGGUGCAAGAAAUUCACACUCUUAUUCGGGAACCUACUUCAGUCCUUCCCCAACAAAAGGGUUAUCCAUGCAUUCCGUGAAGCCAAUCAAUGCACGGAUGCGCUAGCCAGACUAGGAGCGAGAUCAGAACCUUCUUUUGUUGUUUUUGUGAACCCACCGCCUAUGGUGGCUAGCCUUUUGGCUUUUGACUUAUCUGAUAUGUAUUGUAACUAACUAAUUUUUUCCUAGUUGUUUAAUACAAGUCUUCGAUUUACCAAAAAAAAGAAAAGAAAAAGAAUUAGGGAUAUAGGAAUGCAUUAAUUAUUUUAUUUUAUUUUUUUUCAUUCUAAGAA